CACCCGAUCGACUUCAUGAUCAGCUCCGUGUUCCUCGUGGGCGCUGCUUGGCGUGCGCCGGUGGGCUCGACAAUAGUUCGGCGCUCGACGCUAGUGAUGAGUGCUUCUCAGGAUCUGGCGGCCGAGCGGUAUUGGUUGGACCAGGACGAGAUCGUCACACUCCCGCCGCCGGAUGUUGCUGAGGCCGCUGAGCAGGUCGGAAGGCUGCUUGAGCUCGGACACGGCCUGUCCCCACCGAAGCGCGUCGUCAUCAAGCGCGAUCGGAUGCCAAACGCGCUGACGAUCUCACUCGCGUUCGUCUUCGCAGCGCCCGCGGCUCUUGUCUCGACGAUCCACCUUGUGCUGGCCCCGCCCCUUGCCUCCGUCGCCACCUCGGCACGGGCACGGGUGGCAACUUUCCUCGCCACCCUCGGCGUCGAGCUCGGGCGCCGCGCGCCCUUCCUCUUGCCCUUCUUUUACCUCCCGUCUGUCGCCCUUUCUGCCGCGGCCGACUGUGUGCAGACCACGGCCGCGGCAGCCCAGGCGGCGUUUGGACGCACGCGGCUCUCCAACCGCCUUGCCCUCGCGCUUCCCGCUGGCGGCAAGCAGGAGUGACUUAGCAUCCCGCUUGGUGGGUGACGCCUGAGACCGGGCAGAGCGGUCUGCUGCACGUCUGCAGCUGCAUCGAGUCGGACGUGCAGGGAUGUCUACGUAUGUGGGGUGGCCCCGCGUGUUGCCGAUACGGUCCAAGCGCCAGGCCCGAGAGUGGAGGGGGGCGCGGAUCCCAAUCUAGUUACUAUUGGUGAUCGUCUAUGAGGCGUGAAGAAGUUCGGUCUUCUGUUGUGUGAGUGAUGGCCUUGCACGUUGCAGGCUGUGAGAGUGACCUGUGUGUGGAGUCACCUGUACUGAGUACUGUGUGUACACACAUCUACAUGGUCCAACUCCAAAUCAUGGUGACCUGACUGUGUGUCUGUGUGCCCACUUUUCGUUUUUCUCGCAACACACAACUAAAA